AUGACAAAUCCCACUUUUUUUUCGCUUCUCUCUCACUCUAGCAUUUCAUUCACUUUUCUCGCUCUUUUCUCCCAGAAACGAUUCCCCAAAACAGAGGCAAGAACCACGCGAGAAUUUUCAUCCAAGUUAGACGUCGAACGUCUUUCAGAUAGUCUCAUUUUUUCCGCAUGUCCACAGAACGAAAAUGCAAUUAUGCUCAAUGUUAAUGGGAACAAUCAUAAUUUUUCGAAAAUUCGCGUAUGUGAAAGUAAAAAAGUCCCUAAAAAUAAUUAUAAUAAUUUUAAUAACAACAAUAAUGCUCGAGUACAAGUACAAGUGCAAAAAGUUGUGUAUAGUCAUUACUACCCUGAAGGAGGUUGGGGGUGGAUUAUAGUUUUAGUUGGUAUCUUAGCCCAUCUUCUGAGUUCCGGGGUCCAACUCUCAUUGGCAGGACUCUUGGCACUUCCGGCCAAACUCAAGUUUCACCGACAGCCAUUAGACACUUCAGAUCGAAUGGGGAGAAUUAGCGGUGUAAAACGAAAUGGAUUAUCGUCGGGAAAUGAAAUAUGUGAUAGAAAAAAUCCAAUAAUAAUUGAUAAAAAAAAUGUUAGGCUAUCCUUCUCUGUUCAAUAG